AUGGAUUCUGUGCCUCCGCCUCCACCUGAGGCUUUCGGCGAGAUGGACAUCAACGGCGAAACGUACAUGGUGCCUAAAGGGCUGUACUACACGCAGCAGAAGGACAUAAGCGUCGACGCUGCCAUGAAAACGCCGAAUGUGGCAGACAUCGCGGACACCAUCAGACAUUUCGGUGGCUUGAACGCAAAUCUACAGAAAGAAAACGACAUCGCUGCCGGGAUCUACUUGCCGAUGCCUUUCGGCAUGCAACCGUUGUCGUUUCAGCUGAUGAGCAAGAUCAGUGACGAUGAAAGUCGGAAUAUGAAAAUUGGACUGCACGGUAACAGCGAGAACGAAAGCGAAGACGACCAAGGAGAAGAAUGGCAGCGGCCGACGAGCGAUCCUCCUGUGCCUACGCAAACACGUAAAACUUCGGGAAUGGAGGAAGACAGCAGCUUGCUGGACCGCCUGGUUCGAAACUUCGGCAGAUUGGCGAAACGCUAUCUGAAGGAAAACAAAGCGAAACCUGCUUCCAAUAAAGUUCUCCGUUUCAACAGCUCAAGCAGAACGCAAAACGAGGCAUAUAUCUAUAUUAGCAUACCUGGCUUCAACCCGAUCUGUGUGAAGGGACAUCUGGGUAGGCUGGAGAACUUCUGA